AUGAAAUUAAUAGCGUUUUUUGAGAUUUUAAUAUAAAAAGUAUUUUUGGAAAUUUUGAAGCUUUCAUAAGUAAAUGAUUUGAUUAACUCAAAAUAGAAUAAGGAAAGCUUGUAGAUACUCUCUUGUCUCUGAUUAUUGAAAAAAAAGAUCUUACAAAUCUAAAAUGUUCGAGAAGAAAAUAUCAUUAUUUAUUAUUGAUGAAACCUUGAGGCUCUCAAGAGCAACUGCUUGAUCUUUGAUAAAAAGGAUUUCUUAAACUUUAACUAUUUACACAAUUAUUUUUUAUUUCAAAAAAAUAUAUUAUUCAUCAUUCAAAUUCACUAUAGUACAAAG